AUGUUAAAAACGUUUAGUAUUUCCUUAUGGAAAUUGAAAAAUAACCACUGCCUAUUGAAUUUACAUCUAACAGCCCGCCGUUUAUUAUCCUCGUCUACCGCUGCUGCUGAGGAUACAAAUAACAACAAGAAUGAUCUCGUCAAUGAUUUUGCCAAUAUACCCGUCGAGCGUAUUCGUAAUUUUAGUAUAAUUGCCCAUGUUGAUCAUGGCAAGAGUACCCUAGCUGAUCGUUUGCUUGAGCUAACCGGUGCAAUAAAGGCCAAUUCUGGUAGCCAAGUUCUCGACAGCUUACAAGUGGAAAGAGAACGUGGUAUAACAGUUAAAGCUCAAACUGUUUCCAUAUUUCAUAGCUAUAAGAAUGAAACAUAUUUAUUGAAUUUAAUUGAUACACCGGGUCAUGUGGAUUUCUCCAAUGAAGUUUCACGUUCUUUGGCGGCAUGUGAUGGUGUCAUAUUGCUGGUAGACGCCUGUCAUGGUGUACAGGCUCAGACGGUAGCCAAUUAUCAAUUGGCAAGGACUCGAAACUUGGCUGUUGUACCCGUACUCAAUAAAAUCGAUAUAAAACAUGCAGCACCCGAAAAGGUGUGCAAAGAUUUAAAGAAUCUGUUUGACAUAGAUCAGGAGAAGGUGUUGAAGAUUUCAGCCAAAUUGGGUACUGGCGUCCCGGAAGUAUUGAAUAGAGUAAUUGAAGUUGUACCUCCACCAAAAGUUGAUCGUAAUUCUCCUUUCCGUGCUUUACUGUUUGAUAGUUGGUUCGAUCGCUAUCGUGGAGCCUUAAAUUUAAUUUAUUUAUUAAAUGGCAAAUUGGAAGUCGGUCAAGAUGUUCAAUUGUAUUCAACUAAAAAAGUGUAUCCUGUAAAGAGCAUUUCCAUAUUGAGACCUGCCGAAACGGAAGUCAAGUGUAUAUCUGCUGGUCAAGUCGGUUUAAUUGCUGUGAAUAUGCGUAACAGUAAAGAAUCCGUAAUCGGUGAUACAUUCCAUUUGAAAAAUGAAACCUGUGAACCGGUGGGUAGUUUCAAGCCACAACAACCCAUGGUUUAUGCUGGCGUAUUUCCAUCGGAUCAAUCGAAACAUGUCGCCUUGCGUAGUGCCAUCGAUAAGUUGAUAUUAAACGAUUCAGCUGUAACAAUGAAAGUCGAUUCCAGUCCUGCGUUGGGACAAGGUUGGCGCUUAGGAUUUUUAGGUCUCUUACACAUGGAAGUUUUUUGCCAACGACUGGAACAAGAAUUUGGUGCUGAACCAAUUAUAACUGCCCCCUCCGUGACAUAUCGCAUUGUAUUGAAAAAUCCCAAAAUGAUUAAACAAAUGGGCACUGAUACUAUGGAAAUAUCAAAUGCUGCUUUAUUCCCCGAACCAAUUAAUAUCAAGGAAUACUAUGAACCUUUGGUCAAGGGUACAAUUAUAACACCCACCGAAUUUGUGGGACAAAUUAUUAGUUUAUGUGUUGAACGUCGUGGUGUCCAGGAGAGCUCGAUUAACAUUGAUAAUGAUCGGAUAUUGAUGAAUUAUGUGCUGCCAUUAAGUGAAAUAAUAUUGGAUUUUAAUGAUCGCCUGAAGUCGAUUAGUUCCGGUUAUGCUAGUUUUAAUUAUGAAGAUUAUGGUUAUCAUUUAACAAAUUUAGUACGCCUUGAUAUACAUUUAAAUGGACGGCCGGUAGAGGAACUUUGUCGCAUUGUACAUGUGAGUAAAGCCAAGGAUAUUGGCCGUGAUAUGGCCACGAAAUUGAAAGAAACAAUACCAAAACAAAUGGUACAAAUUGCCAUACAGGCGUGUGUGGGUAGUAAAGUUUUGGCCCGAGAAACCAUUAAGGCUUAUCGCAAGGAUGUCACAGCCAAAUUGUAUGGUGGUGAUGUGACACGGCGCAUGAAACUUCUACGCCAACAGGCUGAGGGUAAAAAGAAAAUGCGUCAAAUUGCAAAUAUUAAUGUGCCCCAUGAAACGUUUAUCAAUGUCUUGAAACGUUGA